AGAUUUAACGUCACACUCUUCAAAAAGUAAAACGGCAAAAAAAAACAACGUAAAUCUACUCUACUUUUUUCUUUUUUCAUUCACUCUCUUUCAAUCAUGGCGUCGAUCUCUGGCACUGGAUGCUGCGUCAUCGACUACCUGUACACAAACAUCGAUUUCAACAGCUCCUCGUUCAAGAAGUACCAGUCCAAAAGGGACGGCGAUGGUGGGGUUAAUCCCGGGCAUCUGUCUUUUGUGGAAGCGUGGGAAAAAUUCGCCGGAAAGCCGCUCAACGAAAUUCGCAAGGAGCAGGGAUGGAUGCGUGAACCGGACACGUACAACCUCGGCGGACCGUGCAUCGUUGCGCUGGUGAACGCUGCGCAACUGACUUCAGCGACAAAGUCGCACGUCAAAUAUUUUGGUGCACACGGCCGCGAUAAAACCGGGAAGCGCAUCCGUUCCAUCUUGGAGAAAACACCCGUUGAUAUUUCCAACUACAAGGAGAUUGAGGGAGAGUCGCCGUUCUGUGUGUGCCUCUCUGAUCCCAACUACGCCAAUGGACACGGUGAGCGCUGCUUUGCCAUUAAUAUCGGUACUUUGGGCCUGAUUGACAGCAAAUUGCUUGGUGAUGACUUCUUCAAAUCUGACAUUUUGUAUUUCGGUGCCACCGCACUCGCCCCGAUUGUGCACGAUCAUCUCACCUCGCUGUUGCACCGUGGCCGCAGCGAGGGGCGCGUGAAUGUUGUGGGAACAGUUUACGACCACCGCAAUCAGGCACGGAAUCCGCACGCCCGCUGGCCUAUGGGCGAAAGUGAUGAUUCGUUCAAGUACAUGGACCUGUUGAUGGUUGACUGGGACGAGGCGCUGCGCAUUUCCGGCACCGAAGACAUCAACGCGGCCUGCAAUUUCUUCAUCCGUAUGGGUGUGGGCUCAUUCACCAUCACACACGGUUCUGAGCCUUUCUGCGCUUGGUCGGGCGGCAAGCUGUUCAAGCCACUCCCGAUCUCGUGGUUCCCGAUUUGCAAGGCUGUGACGGAGGAUCUUGCUGCUCACCCUGCGCGGCGCGGCGACACGACGGGAUGUGGCGACAACUUUGCUGGUGGCAUUCUUGGGUACCUCUCCGAAGCCCUUGGGUCUGGCAAGUCUGUUGGUCAGCUGGAUCUCGUAGAUGCGGUGAUUUGGGGAACGGCCUCUGGCGGUUUUGCGUGCUUCUCUGUUGGCGGAACGUACAUUGAGAGCAAGCCGGGUGAGAAGCGGCGGCAUAUCGAGCAUUACAUGCGGAAGUAUCGUGAGCAAAUCAAGGCAGGGUCGAAUGCGAAAUUGUAA